UCAUGUCUGACACAGAAGAUGUGAUGGAUGAGGGGGUUCAGGAGGAAGUGGACGAAACAAAAUCCAAACCAAAAUAUCUAUCAAAUAUCCAAGCACCAAAGAUCCCAGAGGGAGAUAAAGUCGAUUUUGAUGACAUCCAAAAAAAGCGUCAGGAGAAGGAUUUAACAGAACUACAGUCUCUUAUAGAGGCUCAUUUCCUCCAGAGACAGAAAGAUGAAGAGGAACUCAUUUCUCUGGUCAACAGAAUCGAGAAGAGGCGAGCAGAGAGGGCCGAGCAGCAGCGAGAAAGAGCAGAGAAAGAGAAAGAGCGUCAGGCCAGACUCGCUGAAGAGAGAGAGAGGAAGGAGCAGGAAGAGCACAGAAAGAAGCAUGAUGACGAUGCCAAGAAGAAGAAAGCUCUCACCAACAUGACCCAGCAGUACGGUGGCGUACAGCAAAGGGGUGAAGGACGCAAAGGUGCCAAGAAACAAACCGAAAGGGAGAAAAAGAAGAAGAUCCUUGCCGACCGCCGAAAACCACUGAAUAUUGACCACCUGAGUGACGACAAACUCAAGGACAAAGCCAAUGAGUUGUGGCAGUGGCUGAUGGACCUGGAAGCAGAAAAAUACGAUCUCAAUGAAAAACUGAAACGCCAGAAAUAUGAUAUAAAUCAGCUCAUUUGCCGCGUCCAGGAUCACCAGAGUGCCAAGGGACGCGGCAAAGGCAAAAUGGGAGGAAGGCUGAGAUAGAUGUUGACAGCUGAUAUGAGAGGAUUUUGUGUCCUCGUGCAUUCGUUUUUUGUUUGUUUGAUUGAUGGUGAUAUUUAAAAGAC